UAGCGGCUGGGAUCCGGAGUGGGUCACUCUCACAGGAGCGGCGAGGAUGGAGUUUGUCUUCCUGGUGCUAAUGCUCGGCGGGGCGACGUGGUGCACGGCAGCACAGUCGGGCUGCGACCGGUGCCAGCCCGCCUCUUGCCCGGCCGUGCAGUGCAGAGUGCCCGAGCUGCUGGCCAAGGACGAGUGCGGCUGCUGUGACCGGUGCCUGGGGGUUGAGGACGAACGGUGCGGUGGUCGGGGUCUGAGGCACGGCCGCUGCGCCCCGGGAUACGUGUGCUUGACCUCGGCGGACGGGCAGCGGCGGGAGGAGGGGGACGAGAAGAAGGAGGGGGAGGAAGAUGAGGGCACCGGGUCCUGCGUGUGCAAGCACGACUACCCCGUGUGUGGCUCGGACGCCAACACCUACCCCACGAUCUGCGCCUUGCACCUGGCCAGUUGGUUAUCCGUGCACCAGCGAGAGGGCAAGAUCCACAAACUCCACGACGGGGAGUGCAAAUACGCACCUGUAAUCAUUCUUUCUCCAAAGUCGGUCCAGAAUGUGACUGGUGCCCAAGUCUACUUGGCCUGUGAAGUGAAAGCUGUUCCAACUCCGAUUGUCACCUGGAGGAAGGUCACAGAGUCACCCAAGGGAGUAAAGCUUUUGGAAGAGUUGCCUGGAGAUCGGGUGAAUGUUGCAGUUCAGGUCCGUGGUGGACCAUCCAAACACGAAAGCACUGGAUGGGUUCUGAUAAAUCCACUGACAAAGGAAGAUGAAGGUGUUUAUCAAUGUCAUGCCAGCAAUAUCCUUGGAGAGGCUCAGACUGAAGGCACAAUCAAGGUCACAGAGAAAGUCAUGAUGACUAAAGGUAAGAAGAAAGGGGACCUUCAAAAGGAUGAAAAUUAAAUCCUGGCCUACUCCAUACUGAUAAAUCCUUUUCCUGCGUUUUAGAGUUAGAUAAAAGUGAAACUUCACCAAUUGAAUUGAAAAUGACGUAUUUUGUACCAUUUUCUUCUACUUUUGUAAAGUUUUUAUGAUAAUGUUGGUAGAUCUGGUAUAAAAUGAUUGGCAUUUGCAGAACAUCACAAUGUGCAAUUCAAAAUGCCUUAGAUGUUUGUGAAGAGGAGGUGACUGGGGUUACAAGUGUUUGAAGCUCACAGUGACUGUACAAAACAUGGAGAUGAGGUGUUACACCUUAGCACCAGAACAAAGAUAUUUUAUGCUACAUUAACCAAGUUUUAAUCUUUCAGCAAACCUCCUGGUACAAUAUUUAACCCUUAAACUAUACAUUAGUUGUGUUGUCUUCAGUGCUGAUGAGUAGUCUUUGAAUAGAUUUCUUUAAAAAUUGUGCUUUUAUAUUUUUGAAGAAUUUGACCUUCAACUUUACCGAACAGACAUGGUGGAACUUGUGCAGCCACCAAAUUUCCAUGCAUAAUUUCAUCAGAAACCCUUUUUUGUAAAUUUCUGGGUGAGACACAGCUAUGUUCUCAGCUGGUAUGACUAAUCUGGAAUGGAGAUUUCCAACAAAAGCUAUGAAUUUUAAUAGCUAUCUUUGUUGUGUAUUCUUUUACAAAGUGUUUCAAUAAAGAUCAUUGUUACCCUUCAGAA